AUGAGUAUAGGUUAUUUAUUCCCCGAAAUAGAUAAUCGAUCCGCGGCAGUCCUCAAUCCAUCAGAGACAUUAAAGUCUCCAGACGAACUUGAGCAAGAGGAUCGUGCUGCGCAAGCAGCGAAAUUACAAGAAUUAAUUCGUAGAGGUCUUCCAUCAGAUUUAGAGGAAGCGAAUGUUCUUAUGAAAAUCAUGGCUGGAUACGAUCCUGAAGCUAAACCUGAUUAUAAGAAGCAAGCCAAUGAAGAAUUAGAUAAAAUUCAACAAAAAACGAUACUUUUGAAUGAUAUGCUUGAUAAUGUUAAAUCUGGUGAAAAGAUAGGUGCUAACGAUAUAUUUGAGGAGUUAUCUCAGGCUUGUAAAGCUGUACAGCCUAAAAUUCAGAAAUUUGUUUCUGAAGAUGAUGACACAGAAAGCAUCGAAUCUUGGCUAAUCGAUUUGGAAGAACCUGAUAAAUCACGAGGUCAAAUUCAAAUUACUGAUGAUUUGCUUGGCCUAAGUGAUUCUAAUAAUAAGGAAUCUUCUGGAAAAGCGGUAUUAGCCGUAUAUACAUCAGAUCCUACUGGACGUUUAAUAUCUCGUCGCGGAAUAAUUAAUG